ACAUAGUAACAUAGAUUACAACAACUCUUCUAUGGAUUACAACAUAAACAUGAACUCAUGAACAUAACAUUUGAUUUUUGAUUUAACAUAUUUAACUGAAAUAUAGAAAUAUAAAAAUAACAUCAUGUUUAAUCAAACUGAAGUAAAAGAAGUUAGUGAGACGACUUGCAAAGAAGAAAUAGAUAAGGAAGUAGAGGAUACCUGUAAAGUUGAAAUUAAGGAGGAACUUAUCACUGAAAGUGCAAAUGAUACAUUUGAGUAUUUAGACGUUAAGAAAUGCCAUAUAAAAGCCGAAAUAGAACAAGAUGAUGGUGUCUCUUGUGAAGAUAUGAAAACUGAUGCCAGUAGUCUAUUAUUAGAGGAUCAUGAUAGAAGUGACAUUAAUUUGAACCAAUAUAUAACUUCCACUACCAAUGUGAAUGGAGGACAACGUUUUAUAUGUAUCAUUUGUCAGAAACCAUUGUCAAACAACUAUCAUUUAGAACUACAUAUGAAGAGACACACUGGGGGAAAACCUUACCAGUGUGAAAUUUGCACCAAACAGUUUUCAGCAAAGCCUACUUUAAAAUCACAUAUGACAGUGCAUACUGGUGAAAAACCAUUUGAAUGUGAAAUUUGCAACAAACAAUUUUCAAAGAAGAUAUAUUUAAAAACGCAUAUAAGAGUUCAUACUGGUGAAAAACCAUUUAAAUGUGAAAUUUGUACCAAGCAGUUGUCAACGAAACAAGCUUUACAAUGGCAUAUGAAAUUGCAUACUGAUAAAGAACCAUUUAAAAGUGAAAUUUACACCAAACAAUAUUCAACAAGGUUUAAUUUAAAAACACAUAUGGCAGUGGAUACUGAUAAAAAACCUUUUGAAUGUGAAAUUUGCACCAAAAAGUGUUCAACGAAAACACAAUUAAACACGCAUAUGAGAGUUCAUACUGGUGAGAAACCAUUUGUAUGUGAAAUUUGUACCAAACAGUUUUCAACGAAUCAAGUUUUACAAUGGCAUUUGAAAUUGCAUACUGAUGAAGAACCAUUUAAAUGUGGGAUUUGCACCAAACAGUUUUCAAGUAAAAUAUAUUUAAAAAAGCAUAUGAGAGUUCAUACUGGUGAAAAACCAUUUGAAUGUAUAAUUUGUACCAAACAGUUUUCAACGAAACAAGUUUUACAGUGGCAUUUGAAAUUGCAUACUGGUGAAAAACCAUUUGAAUGCGAAAUUUGCACCAAACAGUUUCCAGCAAAGCAUACUUUACAAUCACAUAUGACAAUGCAUACCAGUGAAAAACCAUUUGAAUGUGAAAUUUGCACUAAACGGUUUUCAAGAAAAAUAUAUUUAAAAACGCAUAUGAGAGUGCAUACUGGCGAAAAACCAUUUUUAUGUGAAAUUUGCACCAAACAGUUUUCAAGUGAAUUACAAUUAAAUACACAUAUGAGAGUUCAUACAGGUGAAAAACCAUUUGCAUGUCAAAUAUGUACCAAACAGUUGUCAACAAAACAAGCUUUACAAUGGCAUUUGAAAUUGCAUACUGGUGAAAAUCUAUUUGAAUGCGAAAUUUGCACCAAACAGUUUCCAGCAAAGCAUACUUUACAGUUACAUAUGAUAAUGCAUACGGAUGAAAAACCAUUUGAAUGUGAAAUUUGUACUAAACAGUUUUCAAGAAAAAUAUAUUUAAAAAAGCAUAUGAGCGUUCAUACUGGUGAAAAAACAUUUAAAUGUGAAAUUUGUACAAAACAAUUCUCAACGAAGCAAGUUUUACAAUGGCAUUUGAAAUCGCAUGCUGGUGAAAAACCAUUUGAAUGCAAAAUUUGCACCAAACAGUUUUCAGCAAAGCAUUCGUUACAAUCACAUAUGACAAUGCAUACUGGUGAAAAACCAUUUGAAUGUAAAAUUUGCACUAAACGGUUUUCAAGAAGAAUAUAUUUAAAAGAGCAUAUGAGAAUUCAUACUGGUGAAAAACCAUUUGAAUGUGAAAUUUGCACCAAAAAGUUUUCAACAAAAACACAAUUAAACUCGCAUAUGAGAGUUCAUACUGGUAAAAAAACCAUUUGAGUGUGAAAUUUGUAUCAAACAGUUUUCAACGAAACAAGGUUUAUAAUGGCAUAUGAAAUUGCAUAAGAAUGUAACAUUGACACCAAACAAUAUUCAACAAAGUUAAAUUUAAAAGCUCAUGACAGUUGAAAAAUCAUUUUAAUGCGAAAUUUGCAAUAACGUAUGCCCCUAAAGUUAUAGGAAAAUUUUAGAUUUAAAAGUAUUAUUGGUAGGAAGCAUUGGAUCAAGUUGCCAUUGGAAACAAAAGUUAGUAAACAACUUGAACGAUAUAAACAAUGUAAGAUUUGGCAAAUACGGUUCGUUAAUAUGUCAUACAAGCUUAAUAUUCUUCAAAGUAUUUAUCGUUUAGUUGGACAUGUACCAAAACGCGAUAUUGGAAAACAUUUUAGUCCUCAAAAUAUGUCUGUUGUCAACGAUUUACCAGACAAUUAAAGAGUGCGAAAAUGGUAUACCAUGCCUUAAUUUGCCCAAAAGUGGAAGACUAACAAUUUUAAUUCCUACUCGGGAACAGAGAUUAAUUCAGAGUAUGGAGAACCAAUUAGGAAAGUCUUUGAGAAAUGUUGGCCGAAGAUAUAAUGUUUCACGAAUAACUGUAAGUAGAACAAUUUCUAGAAAUAAUUUAAAACGAUAUAAAAGAAAAGAAGUUCCUAAGAACACACCAGACCAUUUAGAAGAAAUUCGUAGAUGUUGCCGUGCAUUGAGACGUAUUCAUUUUCCUGGUAAAAUUCUCAUGGAUAAUGAAAAAUAUUUUACUUUAUUCAAUUCCGAAAUGAAGGGCAACGACGGAUUUUAAACAACACCAUUUUCAAGAUGCACCAGACGAAGUUAGGUUUAAGGGAAAAGUGAAAUUUGCCGAUAAAAUUUUGGUAUGGUAUGCCAUCUCAGAAGCUGGUGUUUCACAGCCGUUUGUUGGGCGUGUUAGCGGUGAAGCUCUCAAUGCUGACAUUUACGUUGACAGGUGUCUUACAAAGCUUGUUUAAUUUAUAAAUACUCAUCACCCAAUGAAGAACUCAUAUUUUGGCCCGAUCUAGCGUCAUUUCAUUAUGCCAGGAGUACGACAGAUUGGUUAACUGCUCAAAAUAUAAUUUUGUUCUUAAGUGCGACAACCCUCCACAUGUGCCUCAGGCGAGGCCUAUAGAAGAGUUUUCAGUCGAAUUGUGUAUAAUAAUAGUUGGGAAGUCCAAAAUGAAGAUCCGCUAUGGCGAAGAAUUUUGCAAAAAUUACGUGAGAUCGAUUUAGAAACAGUCCAAAGGCUUAUUGCACAUACAAAACCAAAUUUACGUGCCAUCGAAGAUCACGGACCUCUUUCUAUUCUUUAAAAAUAUAUUAUAAACCUUAGAUAUGUAGACUUAAUUUCCGGUAUUUCGUUAAUAAAAUAAACCUAAUUUGCAACUAGAAAA